CACACCGCCUCUUCUCUCUGCCUCUUCUCGACUCUUCACUGCUUCAAGGAUUCUAUCUAUCAUGAAGUUCUUCGCUGCCAUCGUUGCCCUUGCCUGCCUCGCAUUGUCGAGCGCUCAGAUGCCAACUCCAUACAACUGCGCAACUGGUGCCACGGAUCUGCUCGUCACCAACUUCACUUUGGCGCCUUACCCUCUCUGCAUCGGACAGAACGUCUGCGCCAGUGGUACUGGUAUUCUGAGCGCCCCUGUUACCCAGGGUGCCAAGCUCAAUAUCGUUGGCAAAUACCUUAACCGUAUCGUCUACACGGAUGCCCAUGAUCUCUGCACUCUCCUUGGCAGUCAAGGUGUCCCUUGCCCAAUCCCAAUCACCAUGACCUCAAUCACUGCCUGCGUCUUGGUCAAGCCCACUGCUCCUGCUGGUAUCCCUGUCAUUCUCCAAGUCUCGGCCACCAACGGCAACGGCCACGUCCUCUUCUGCCAGGCUGCCAACGGCGUCAUCGCCCAGAACUGCCCUCCUUAAAAAGGCAAUUCCAGAAAAUGGGGUUUCAUGUACAUAUACCCCAUGUCUCCAUAAAGGAACAAGGUCA